AUGCCGGCGAGGACAACGCUCCCUUCGGAGCGUGCUGAAUGCAGGCUCAGCACCAUUGCCGGCAACAGCAUGCAUACGUCACUCGAACCCCUACGCUAUGACCCAACUGUUCGAGGUGGACCAUGGUACUGGGAUACGGCUAAUGACGUGCACUAUGCACUCACCGAAAGCGAAGCAUACGAUGGUAGUCUAAGAAACCAUACGCUGGAAUUUGUAAGACUCAAAGAUUUCUUUUGGCCUGGAGAUAUUGUUUCGUGGUUUGCAACUCCACACGACGAUUGUAAGCGGUACAAGGGAGAAUGCAGGGAGACGACAGACAAGCCGGAGGUUGCUAAAGCCUCGUUGUCUAUGUGGGCGCACACAAGUGAGAUGAAAAGGAGACGGUCGGAGGACGAUGAUGACCUCGCUCUCGCCUAUUUUCUUGAAGAGCUCUAUGCCAACCCGCGAAAUGAAAACAAUGACGAAUCAGAGAACGAACUCAAUUGGGGGAUAGUCCUUUCCUGCUUGAAGGACCGCAAUUUUGAGGGAGCCUUUUCUGCUGCCCGCCAGAUAUCUCACGGAUUCCUUCGAAAUCGAAUGAGCAGAGACUUCUACUGGCCUGUCGAUUUCACCGAAUAUCCUGAGUCGGGUAGCAACUAG